CAAAGGCAUCGAGCCAUGAGGUCUUCUUGUUCCCUUCUGCAGCGGACCUUGUCGCUGAGGUCCAAGCUCGCCCCCUCCCCAGUCUCUCCGUGGCCGCCGGUCCGAACCGCCUUUGACCGCUGGCUCAUGUCAGAGCUCGACGAACUCCGUCUCGUUCCCUUCAGCGUCAGUCGGUACACGAGCGGGCAUUGGCUGGCCAAGGCCUUGGACCUCACGUUCGCAGCUCAGCGGAUGACGGACAGGCUUCUUGCCACUCCGGCCGACCGAACUGCAACCCAUGGAGACCGCCAGUUGAUCCAGGGCUACGCCGACGGCGUGGUGGAGCUGCUCGACGCGUGCAAUGGGCUGCGAGAAAGGAUGGGCGAGCUCAGGAAGUACACAGGAUCUAUGUACGCGGCCUCGCAUUACCUUGAUCAGGAUCCGCGGCAGGAGCGGAUCAGCUCCGGCGUGGCUGGACGGGCGACGGUGGCAUUAGCUGAGUGCGAGGCGACGGAGAAGCGAUGCGACGAAUUGGACAAGCUGCGCGACUUCAAUUUACGGAAGCUGGGCGAGAAGAUCGCCGGCAAUGCAGAACCGGCGGCACGCGACCAUCAAGCGAGCGCCGAUGCUUCCACGGCGGAGCUCCGGGAAGCGUUGCGCGGAACGUUGGCGAUGACGCAGCUGGCGGUCGCGGCCACUUGGAUCGCCGUUUCUUUCAAUGCGCGACGAGGGCUGCCAGCGGCGCAGCCGGGUCGUCAGGCCUCGGGGUGGGGAGGAAAGCUGCGAGAUCUGCACAAGGCUGUGAAGUUGGAAUUCGAGAAGAGGAGGAGAGGUGGAGCCGCGGUUCUGGAUGAGUUGGAGGCUGCGGCGUCCUGUGUUCGGAGUCUGCGGCGCGCGGUGGCGCAUGGAGUUGGGCGGGAGGUCGGGAUGUCGGUGCGUUUGGCGAGGAGAAGUGGACGGGAACUGGAAGAGAGAAUGAGGUCGCUCGGACAGUCAGUGGAUCAAGUGUAUAGUCAGUUGAUUAGAAUGAGAGUCAUGUUGCUCGAUAAGCUUACUGGAGCAAAAACAUAUGACAUCGCUCCUCCCGAGUGCAUGAGAAAGAUCAGACAUCCGACACAUUGGUGGACCUGUGUAAACUUGCAAUAUCCCUGAUCGUUUUGUUUAAUAGACACGGUCUAACCCAAACAGACCUGAUAUAGAGAUAUGAACCAGAUUGUUUCCGGCCAUGCUAGGCCGGUUCACAGCCGGCCCGGUCCGCAUUACAUCUGCUUGAAGCGAAGCGCAUCAGAUUAGUAAAAAAACGGGUGGCAUACAGCGAUGCCGUUUUGUUCUGCCAAGAGCAGCAUCUUUUCAUCCCUCGCCGGCGGCGAUUUCGCAGCGGUAGGAGAUGCCGGAAUCCGUCACCGCGCUCCAUCUCGGGUUCCAUGGAACUCCAACCCUAGCUAGGGCUUUAGGAGCGGGGCGGAGUAUGUCCUUUCCGUCUCCUUCAGCUUCGGUUUGUUCUCUAUAUCGAUCGAGUUUAAACACAUCAUCCGUCUCAACGAGGCCUCCCAUUGUCUGUGCUUCUUCGGAGGUGAAGACUGCCAUAGUCCAUCCUCUGGGGAUCAUGACGGCGGCGGAUGUGGUGAAAGAUUUCUACGGCGGGAUAAAUUGUCGGGAUUUUCUUGCCGUGGAGUCAUUGAUUGCAGAGGAUUGCGUUUACGAGGAUUUAGUCUUCGCCCAACCUUUUGUUGGGCGCAAGGCUAUUCUUGAGUUCUUCAAGAAGUUCACCAAGACAACCAGUACUGACCUUCAGUUUGUUAUUGAUGACAUAUCUAAAGAAGAUUCAUUGGCUGUAGGAGUCACAUGGCAUUUGGAGUGGCGCAGGAAGCCUUUUCCAUUUAGCAAAGGAUGCAGCUUCUACCGAUUUGAAGUCCGGGAGGGCAAGAGACAAAUAGUCUAUGGUAGAGAUUGUGUGGAACCUGCUGUGAAGCCUGGAGAUUUAGCACUGGUAGUUAUCCAGGGGGUAACUUGGCUGCUUCAGAAAUUUCCGCAGCUUGCUGAUCGGCUGCAAUAGAAGUCAUAUUUGCCAGAUUAUAGGAAACAGAAGUCUUUGUACAUCCCAUUUUACUGUAUAAUUUUAUAUGUACAAGAUAUUUGAUAUAUUAAGCAUGUUUUAAUCUUCUUUAGUGCAGCAAGAAAAUUGAUGCUUUAUGUCAAAAGACAAUGGUUAAUGUGCAAAUGCAGGGACUGAUAUG